AUGGGCGCGAGGGCCGCCGAGGCCGGAGCGGGAGCCGAGCGGCUACGGGCCGGGGAGGGGCCUGCGGGCUUGAAGCGGGAAGAGGGCAGGGGCGGGCAGGGGGUCCGGGGUCCGCAGCCGCUCUGCCGCGUCCGCCCGAGGAGACGCGUGGCCCGAGGGGCGGUUCCCUGCCGAGGCCCGCGCCGACCUGGGCCGCCCGAGAGCCUCGACAGGGACCGUUUGCUCCCUCGGGGCCCGGGCACUGUACCGGGGGCUCCUGCGGCCGCGGAGUCGCCGGCGGCCGGACGCGGGGCUGAGCAAGGCGGGACUCGAACGCGCGGACUGGACGCUGCGAUCCCCGUCGGCCCCGCGGAGGACCGAGCUGCAGGCGGACCGCGGCGGAAGGGGAUUCGGAGGUGGCCGCCGGCCGUGACCCCUGCUGGAGGACGGGCGGGGGCGCGGCGCGGGCGUCGCUGCUGCGGGGGCCGGAGCCUGGUGCCGCCCGGGAGAGGAGCCUCCGCGGGGCCUCCCCGGCGCUCGCCCGGGCCCGAGCCCUUGGUUUCCCUAGAGGCUCCCCGGGUCUGCGCUCAUCGCGGCCUGGAGCUCCGGCCGCGCGCCCUUCCCCUCGGCCGCCGCCUCGCUUCGCUCGCGCAGUUGUGCAGACCCGAGUGUCCCGGCCCCUCCUCCUCGGCCCGUCCUGCUGCCCCACCGAGGCCUCCGCCCUCGCCGCCUCUGGAGGUGUUCCUCGAGCUCGAGAGGCGCAUGUGUCUACUGUCCGCACCGGACAGUCCUCGAUUCGUGGGGCUUUUCCCCUUAGUGUCCCACGUGCGUGCUUGUAGUAAGCUCGUCUCGUCUCCUUGUCCAGCUUCUGACCUGUCAGACUUCCGAGGGGCCUGCCGUGGAGGACAGCGGCAGGGCCUGUGUGUCCCCCCACCAGCCUCCAGACUCCGUUCUAAACCAGUUUUCUUUAUGAAUGCUCAGGGGCAGGACUUAGUUCUUAAAACUACCUUGGUUACGGCUGUUGGCAAAUAAGUAGAUAGUUUGCAGGUGGCCCCGUGAAGAAAGAAGUUACAGAUGAGAAGCGGGCGUGAGAACGGACCCUGUGAUGCCGGGACUGCCAUGUGCCUGGAGCCUCACAAGACGGACAGUCCUGGGAAUAAACAGUAGAUUCGCAAGAAGUUUUAUGCUUUUAGCUUCUACAAUUGGGCCCAUGAUCAAGUUAGGUUUUGGGGAUGGUGUGAGAUAAAAAUCAGAGUUCUCCCCUUCCACGGAUGGACAGCUCUUUGAUGCAAAGACUAAGCCUGAGUUCCCUUGGCGCCUUUGCUGCAGGUGGCGCAGCUGCAUGCGGUUAUGCUCCCGCUCCGUUAGGCUCGUCUGGGUCCGUCUCUGGCUUCAGAGCGAGUCUCUAAAUUAGGACACUUAGCUCUCCAGUGGCUCUUUCACAAGUUGCUUUGACUCAACUUCCAUAUGCAUUCUAAGACGAGCUCACCGCUGUGUGAAGGAGACCCUGCCGGAACUCGCGCGUGGGACUGAACGCACCCAUCGGGGGAAAAGAGACCCUGACCUGGUGCAGCUCUUUGAUUCUUUGAAUUGUUUUCAGCGAUACUUCACGGUUUCCGGCGUCUGUGUUUUUGUGCAGUCUGUAACUCCGGCAUUCCACACAUUCUGGAUACUGUUGUGAAUGGGGUUGCACCUUUGAAUUUCAUUCUCCAGUUGUUGCUUGAAUGUGCAAAUAGAGUGGACCUUGGCUUAGCCACCUCUCCUGACUUUGCGGGGUUGGCGUACCUGCUCUAGCGGUAGCUUUGUUCUACCCACACGCUCCUGUCACGUGUGACCACUACUUCACAACUCCUUCCCACCUGUAUGUGUUUCCUUUCUCUUUCCGGGCUCAGCGCAGCGGCGACCGCCUGUCCUGGCUGCGGAGGGAAAGCUUUCAGUCUGUUACAUUCAGCAUGUCAGCUUCAGUCCGUAGAUUGCAAAUGUCCUUUCCGGGCUUAGGGAAGCUCCUUUCCAUUCCUAGUUUGCUGGGAGUUAAGUCAACAGUGUUUGAUGUCAUCGAUGCUGCUGUUUUUGAGAUGAUUAUGUUUUUAUUUCUUUUUUAGAUUUUUAAAUGUUAAGUUAACCUUGCACUUCUGCACCAAAUUGUACUUGGUUUUGGUGUAAUCCGGAUUUUGUAUAUUGCUGGAUUCAAAUGGCUAGUAUUUGGUGAAGAGCUACUGGUCAUUUUCUUUUCUUGUAAUAUUUCUCUCUGGGAUAAUGCUGGACUCAUAAAAUUGUUGUGAGGUAUCCUGUCCUGUGUGUCUGAAAGACUCUAAGAUAGGUGUUGCUUCUUCCUUAAAAGUUUAGUAGAAUUCACCAGGUACACCCUCCAGUUCUGAUCUUUUUUUUUUUUUUCCUCUGAAAGAUUUAAAAUGUCAGAUUGAACUGCUUUGUUUCUUUCCGUGUCCAUCUGGACAGCUUGUGAAUCUCAGGGAAUGUGGCCAUACCACUUUUUACCAGUGUGAACGACUCACAGCCUUCUCCGUAGGUACAGUGACCAUGUCCUUUCAGUCCUGGUAUCCACAAUUUUCAUUCCCUCUCCUUCAGCCAGUCUGACUAGAGGCUCAUCAGUUUUGUGGGUCUUCCGUAUCUGCUCGUUUUCUAGUUCUUUAAUUUCUACUUUUAUUAUUUCCUUCCAUUUAUUUUGGUCUUAAGUUGUUCCUCUCUAGUUUUUAAAGGUGGAUGCUUACAUCAACGUUAAUUAAACCUUUCAUUUUUAAUGUAAACGUUUGAAGCUAUAAAUUUUCCUGUAAUUCUUUAGUUGUUUUUUAAAAUAAACCUUUACAUGGUGUGUUUUCCUAGUCACUCAAAAUAUUUUCUA